CCCGGUCCUCCCGGCGGGCGCGCCCACGUGCCGGCUGGGCGAUGGGCAGCCUGGUGCUGGAAGAUGGCACGCUGGUGCGCGGGCGCCCCUUCGGAGCCGCCAAGGUCGCCGCCGCCGGGGAAGUGGUCUUCCAGACCGGCAUGGUGGGCUACCUCGAAGCGCUGACGGACCCCUCCUACAAAUCGCAGAUCUUGGUGCUGACGUACCCCCUGGUCGGGAAUUAUGGGGUCCCGCCGGACGAGGAGGGUCCUUACGGGCUCAGCCGGUGGUUUGAGUCCAGCUCCAUCCACGUCGCGGCCCUCAUCGUUGGCGAGUGUUCCCGAAACCCCAGCCACUGGAGCGCCACCACCUCGCUUGACCACUGGCUGCAGGAAAAGGGGAUUCCUGGCCUGGAAGGAGUGGACACUCGUGCGCUGACCAAGAGGAUCCGGGAGAAGGGCAGCUUGCUGGGCAGGCUGGUGCCCGAUGGUGUCCCCAACACGCACCUGCCCUUUGAGGACCCCAACAAGAGGCACCUGGUGAAGGAGGUCUCCCUCCAGGCUCCCCGCCUCUUCAACCCCGGGGGAUCCGUCAGGAUCACGGCCAUCGACUGUGGCCUCAAGUACAACCAGAUCCGGUGCCUCUGCAGCCGUGGCGCAGCCGUGAGAGUGGUGCCCUGGGACCACCCCCUGGACAGCGCAGAGUUCGACGGUCUGUUUGUCAGCAACGGCCCUGGAGACCCCCAGCUCUGCCAAGUGACGGUUGCCAACCUGCGCCGCGUCCUGGAGCUGCCGACCCCGAAGCCCGUUUUUGGGAUCUGCCUGGGCCACCAGCUGCUGGCGUUGGCCAUCGGGGCCAAGACCUACAAGAUGAAGUACGGAAACCGCGGGCACAACCAGCCGUGUCUCCACGAGGGCUCCCAGCGCUGCUUCAUCACCUCCCAAAACCACGGCUUUGCGGUCGACUCGGCUAGCCUGCCGGCCGGCUGGUCCCCCCUCUUUAGCAACGCCAACGACCUCUCCAAUGAGGGCCUCGUUCACGACACCAAGCCUUUCUUCAGUGUUCAGUUUCACCCGGAGCACAACGCUGGACCGACAGACCUUGAGUGUCUCUUCGACAUCUUCUUGGAGACGGUGCGAGGCCAGGCGGAGGGAGCGCAGAGGCCGGAGACAGUUCGUGAGCUCCUGCAGCAGCGCCUCUGCUUUGCCAAAGCGCCCCCCGCCAGCAGCACUGCCCGCCCCCACAAGGUGCUCAUCCUGGGCUCAGGGGGGCUCUCCAUAGGGCAGGCGGGCGAAUUUGACUACUCCGGCUCCCAGGCCAUCAAGGCCCUGAAGGAGGAGAACAUUCAGACGGUGCUGAUCAACCCCAACAUUGCCACUGUGCAGACCUCGAAAGGCCUGGCGGACAAAGUCUACUUCCUGCCCAUCACCCCCGACUACGUGGCUCAGGUCAUCAAGAACGAGCGCCCCGAUGGGAUCCUGCUGACCUUUGGGGGGCAGACGGCCCUGAACUGCGGCGUGGAGCUGACCAAAGCGGGGGUCCUGGAGCGCUACCACGUCCGCGUCCUGGGCACUCCCGUGACCUCCAUCGAGAUGACGGAGGACCGCAAGGUCUUUGUGGAGAAGAUGGAGGAGAUCGGGGAACACGUGGCGCCCAGCGAGGCUGCCUGCUCCCUCGAACAGGCGCAGGCGGCGGCUGAGAGGCUGGGCUACCCGGUGCUUGUGCGCUCUGCCUACGCGCUGGGCGGCCUGGGCUCUGGCUUUGCCAACGGGCGAGAGGAACUGACGGCGCUGGUGAGCCAGGCCUUUGCCCACACCUCCCAAGUGCUGGUGGACAAGUCGCUCAAGGGCUGGAAGGAGAUCGAGUAUGAGGUGGUGCGGGACGCCUAUGACAACUGCGUCACGGUGUGCAACAUGGAGAACCUGGACCCCCUGGGCAUCCACACAGGGGAGUCCAUUGUGGUGGCCCCCAGCCAGACGCUCAAUGACCGCGAGUACAACCUCCUGCGCACCACGGCCAUCAAGGUGGUGCGCCACCUGGGCAUCGUGGGCGAGUGCAACAUCCAGUAUGCCCUGAACCCCGAAUCUGAGCAGUACUACAUCAUCGAGGUGAAUGCCCGGCUGUCACGGAGCUCAGCGCUGGCCAGCAAGGCCACCGGCUACCCCUUGGCGUACGUGGCUGCCAAGCUGGCAUUGGGCAUCCCUCUGCCUGUCCUCAGGAACUCGGUCACCAACUCCACCACCGCCUGCUUUGAGCCCAGCCUGGAUUACUGCGUGGUCAAGAUCCCACGCUGGGACCUCAGCAAGUUUCUGCGCGUCAGCACCAAGAUUGGCAGCUCCAUGAAGAGUGUGGGUGAGGUGAUGGCGAUUGGGCGCAGCUUUGAAGAGGCCUUCCAGAAGGCUCUGCGCAUGGUGGAUGAGAACUGCGUGGGCUUUGACCACACUGUGAAGCCUGCCUCAGACAUGGAGCUGGAGACGCCCACCGACAAGCGCAUCUUUGUCCUGGCGGCCGCCCUGCGGGCCGGCUACUCCAUUGAGCGCCUCUACGAGCUGACCAAGAUUGACCGCUGGUUCCUGCACAAGAUGAAGAACAUCACGGACCACGCCCUGUGCCUGGAGUCCUACCGCCAGGCCGAGCCGGGCUCCAUGCCCACCGCCGUCCUCAAGCUGGCCAAGAAGCUCGGCUUCUCCGACAAGCAGGUGGCCCAAGCUGUGCUCAGCACGGAGCUGGCCGUCCGCAAGAUGCGCCACGACCUGAAGAUUCUGCCGGUGGUCAAGCAGAUUGAUACGGUGGCGGCCGAGUGGCCGGCCCAGACCAACUACCUCUACCUGAGUUACAACGGGACAGAGCACGACCUGGCCUUCCGCGAGCCCCACGUCAUGGUCAUCGGCUCCGGCGUCUACCGCAUCGGCAGCAGCGUGGAGUUCGACUGGUGCGCAGUGGGCUGCAUCCAGGAGCUGCGCAAGAUGGGAUACAAAACCAUCAUGGUCAACUACAACCCGGAGACUGUCAGCACCGACUACGACAUGUGUGACCGGCUCUACUUUGACGAGAUGUCCUUUGAGGUGGUGAUGGACAUCUACGAGCUGGAGAACCCUGAGGGGGUCAUCCUGUCCAUGGGCGGCCAGCUGCCCAACAACAUUGCCAUGGCGCUGCACCGGCAGCAGUGCCGCAUCCUGGGGACGUCCCCGGAGGCCAUCGACUCGGCUGAGAACCGCUUCAAGUUCUCCCGCCUGCUGGACACCAUCAGCAUCAGCCAGCCCCUCUGGAAGGAGCUCUCCGACACCGAGUCGGCCAAGCAGUUCUGCUGCAAGGUGGGCUACCCCUGCGUGGUGCGGCCCUCCUACGUCCUCAGCGGGGCGGCCAUGAACGUGGCCUACUCGGACAGCGACCUGGAGAGGUUCCUCUGCAACGCCGUGGCCGUCUCCAAGGAGCAGCCGGUCGUCAUCUCCAAGUUCAUCCAGGAGGCCAAGGAGAUUGACGUGGACGCCGUGGCCUGCGAUGGGCAGGUGGUGGCCAUUGCCAUCUCUGAACACGUGGAGAACGCCGGGGUGCAUUCGGGGGACGCCACCCUGGUGACACCCCCGCAGGACAUCACGCCCAAGACGCUGGAGCGCAUCAAGGCCAUUGUUCAUGCCAUCGGGCAGGAGCUCCAGGUCACGGGGCCCUUCAACCUGCAGCUCAUUGCCAAGCACGACCAGCUGAAGGUGAUUGAGUGCAACGUGAGGGUCUCGCGCUCCUUCCCCUUCGUCUCCAAGACCCUGGGCGUCGACCUGGUGGCUUUGGCCACGCAGGUGAUCAUGGGCGAAGAGGUGGAGCCGGUGGGUCUGAUGGCGGGCACAGGCAUCGUGGGAGUCAAGGUGCCCCAGUUCUCCUUCUCGCGUCUGGCAGGGGCCGAUGUGGUCCUUGGGGUGGAGAUGACCAGCACCGGGGAGGUGGCCUGCUUUGGGGAGAACCGCUGCGAGGCCUACCUGAAGGCCAUGCUCAGCACCGGGUUCAAGAUCCCCCGCAAGAACAUCCUGCUCACCAUUGGAAGCUACAAGAACAAGAGUGAGCUGCUGUCCACCGUGCGAACUCUGGAGGGCCUGGGAUACAACCUCUAUGCCAGCCUGGGCACGGCCGACUUCUACACGGAGCAUGGCAUCAAGGUGAUGGCUGUAGACUGGCACUUUGAGGAGGCUGACGGGGGCGAGGUGGCUGGCAAGGAGCGCAGCAUCCUGGACUACCUGGCGGAGAACCACUUUGACCUGGUCAUCAACCUCUCCAUGCGCAACUCAGGCGGCCGCCGACUCUCCUCCUUCGUCACCAAGGGCUACCGCACCCGGCGCCUGGCCAUCGACUACUCCGUGCCCCUCAUCAUCGACAUCAAGUGCACCAAGCUCUUCGUCGAGGCCCUUGGACAGAUUGGGGGGGCUCCUCCGCUGAAGAUGCACGUGGACUGCAUGACCUCGCAGAAGCUCAUCCGCUUGCCAGGGCUCAUUGAUGUCCAUGUGCACCUUCGGGAGCCAGGGGCCACCCACAAGGAGGACUUCGCAUCCGGCACAGCAGCUGCCCUGGCUGGGGGCAUCACCAUGGUGUGUGCCAUGCCCAACACCUCCCCAGCGAUCAUUGACGCCGCUUCCUUUGCCCUGGCGCAGAAGCUGGCGGAGACCGGGGCCCGCUGCGAUUAUGCGCUCUACGUGGGCGCCUCCUCGGACAACGCCGGCUCCCUGGGGCCUCUGGCCGGAGCAGCCGCUGGCCUGAAGAUGUACUUGAACGACACCUUUUCGGACCUCAAGAUGGACAACGUCUCCCUGUGGAUGGAGCACUUUGAAAAGUGGCCCAAACACCUUCCCAUCGUGGCUCACGCAGAGAAGCAGACGGUGGCUGCCAUCCUGAUGGUGGCCCAGCUGUACCAGCGCCCCGUCCACAUCUGCCACGUGGCGCGGAAGGAGGAGAUCCUGAUCAUCAAGGCCGCAAAGCAGAAGGGCAUUGAGGUGACCUGCGAGGUGGCCCCCCACCACCUCUUCCUGUGCCAGGAGGACCUGGGGCGCAUCGGGGAGGGCCGGGGGCAGGUGCGGCCCAUGCUGGGCACCCGCGAGGACAUGGAGGCCCUGUGGGAAAACAUGGACACCAUCGACUGCUUUGCCACGGACCACGCUCCCCACACGCUGGAAGAGAAGCUGGGCAAGGAGCCCCCGCCCGGCUUCCCGGGCCUGGAGACCAUGCUGCCCCUGCUGCUGACCGCUGUCUCCGAGGGACGGCUCAGCGUGGAAGACCUGGUCCAGCGUCUCUACGAGAACCCCCGGCGCAUCUUCGGGCUCCCCCUGCAAGAAGACACCUACAUCGAGGUGGACCUGGAGCAGGAGUGGCUGGUGCCUCCCAACACGGCCUUCAGCAAGGCCCGCUGGACGCCCUUCGAGGGGAUGCGGGUGAAGGGGACCGUGCGCCGGGUCAUCCUCCGCGGGGAAGUGGCCUACAUCGAUGGGCAGGUCCUUGUAGCUCCUGGCUAUGGACAGGAUGUGCGGAAAUGGCCGAGUGCGGUGCCAGCCAAAGAGACCCUGAAGACGCCAGAGCGGCCCCUCCCCACCGUCCAGCCAGAGGCCUUGCGCUGUCGAGCGCCCAGCCCCCGUCGAGCCGGACCGGUGGGAGACGCCCGGUUCUUCCUGGCCCCCCGCAUCCACCGCGCCUCGGACCCCGGGCUGCCAGCCGAAGAUCUCAGGGAAAAAGUGGUCAAGAAAACGGUGGAGCCGCCAGACUUGGCCAUGAUCCAGGACGGCCCCCUGUACCUGGCAGGCCCCUUGCCCAGGCAGACGUCCCCGCAGAGCCUGCCGCACCCCCAGACUUCGCCGCUCCUCCACCCGCUGGUCGGGCAGCACGUCUUGUCCGUCAAGCAGUUCACCAAGGGACAGAUGUCUCACCUCUUCAACGUGGCUCACAACCUGCGCAUGAUGGUCCAGAAGGAGCGCAACAUAGACAUCCUCAAGGGCAAGGUGAUGGCUUCCAUGUUCUACGAGGCCAGCACGCGCACCAGCAGCUCCUUUGCCGCCGCCAUGUACCGCCUGGGGGGCUCUGUCCUGCCCUUUUCAGAGGCCACCUCCUCCUGCCAGAAGGGGGAGUCGCUGGCGGACUCGGUCCAGACCAUGAGCUGCUACGCCGACGUCUUGGUGCUGAGGCACCCCCAGCCGGGGGCCGUGGAGCUGGCUGCCAAGCACUGCCGCAAGCCUGUCAUCAACGCGGGCGACGGGGUCGGGGAGCACCCCACGCAAGGCCUGCUGGACAUCUUCACCAUCCGGGAGGAGCUGGGCACGGUCAACGGCAUGACGAUCACCAUGGUGGGCGACUUGAAGCACGGCCGGACCGUCCACUCUCUGGCUCGCCUCCUCACCCUCUACCGGGUCAGCCUGCGCUACGUCACGCCCCCCAACCUCCGCAUGCCGGCCGACAUCUUCCACUUCGUGGCCUCCAAGGGGAUCAAGCAGGAGGAGUUUGAGAACAUCGAGGAGGCUCUGCCCGACACGGACGUCCUCUACAUGACCCGCAUCCAGAAGGAGCGCUUCGCCUCAGUCCAGGAGUUUGAAGCGUGUUUUGGGCAGUUCAUCCUGACCCCUCACAUCAUGACCCGGGCCAAGAAGAAGAUGGUGGUGAUGCACCCGAUGCCCCGGGUCAACGAGAUCAGCGUGGAGGUGGACUCGGACCCGCGCGCUGCCUACUUCCGGCAGGCAGAGAACGGCAUGUACAUCCGCAUGGCCCUGCUGGCCACCGUCCUGGGACGGUACUGAAGCCGCCUGGGCGGGACUCUGGGCCCCGGUCCGCGUUGCCCACCUGGCUCCUCCACCAAAGAGCAAAAAACGGCGCUGCUGGGAGGCAGCCUUGGGACAGCUCCAUGCUGGGGGGGGGGGCAAG